AAAAGCAUCGCAAUUAUCGAAGAACAAAUAAAAUUCAAACUUCCAAAUUAGAGAACACCCUAAGUAGUUAACUACUUCUCUUCUCUUCUCUUCUCUUCUCUGAUUCAUCUCUCUCUCUCUCUUUCUCCAUCCUCGAAAUACCGUUUAACGAUGACUACUCUCGCCAAUCCUCGAUUCCAUUCCUUAAAUGGUUCCUCUCUGAAGCCAGUGGACCAAUUUAUUGUGAAUGGUAGCCGCAGAAAUUUGACUCUAAUUCCCAUUCAUCAGAGGAAGGGAAAAUUUUCAGCUCAUAGAAGGCCACUUACAGUUCAGGCAGCAUAUAGUGAUGAUGGUAAACCAAACAGUGCAGGUAUUUUUAUUGGUGGUUUUGUAUUGGGAGGCAUGGUGGUUGGGGCACUAGGCUGCGUAUACGCACCUCAGAUCAGCAAGGUAUUAACUGGGGCUGACAGAAAAGAUUUGAUGAGGAAACUGCCAAAAUUUAUAUAUGAUGAAGAGAAAGCUUUGGAGAAAACAAGGAAGAUAUUAACAGAGAAGAUCGCACAGCUGAACUCAGCCAUUGAUGAUGUUUCAUCUCAGCUACGUGCAGAUGAUGCCUCAAAUGGAGCCGUGACCUCAGAUGAAAUUGAAGCCACUAUUUGAGAGAUUUCCAUUUACUUCACAGAAGAGUUUUUCAAAUACAUAUUGAAUGUUAUCCCAUAAGAGGGCAACUUCUGGUGCUAGUAAUCACUAUUUUUUAUUUUUGACUUCCCUUAAAAGCUUUUGUUCAUUAUAGUGGCGAAUGUUAUGGAUGAACAUUUCUGCCAUAGCACCAA